AUGGGCGACGCGCGAAUAGACCCGUUCCUGGGUCACGACCCAGCCCAGUUUCCGAACACGCGCCUCCGAGCCUCCGCCGCCUCCGAGCACAGCGACAGCCCCGAUCCCGACGGCCAGCCAUCAUUAUUCCGGACUGCCCAGCCCGACCUGGGCCCGUCGACGGACCCAGAUACAUGUCGGAUAUGUCGGGGCGAAAAGACGGCUGAGGAGCCGCUCUUUUAUCCCUGCAAAUGCAGUGGGAGCAUCAAAUUUGUCCACCAGGACUGUUUAAUGGAAUGGCUGUCACACUCUCAGAAGAAACACUGCGAGCUAUGUAAAACGCCUUUCCGGUUCACGAAGCUUUAUGCACACGACAUGCCCAAGGCCCUGCCAUUCCAUGUCUUCGUCAGCCACAUGGCCAAGUACACCGUUAGAAACCUGCUGGUCUGGCUGAGGGUUGCGCUAGUGGCGAGCGUCUGGUUGGGCUGGUUACCAUAUUUGAUGCGCUCGGUCUGGUCUUUUCUGUUCUGGAUCAGCGAUGAGGGUCUCGGAGGCGGCUCCUCUUUCUUCGGGAGGCAGAACGCCACAGCCGGAGACAGCUUCAACAGCCUUGCUACCACAAAUCACGCCACUGGUGUUUGCCCGUCGAGCCCCCUGUUCGCUGCGUCAACUACAGUUGCAACUAUCGGCGGCGUCUUAGACGGGCUGCCCGUGGACUCGGUUCAGCUGGUGAGGGGCUUGUACAGCAUCAACUUGACGUCGGCAAACCCCUUGUAUUCAACAAUAUUACGUCUCCUCUUUGGCACGGUUGGCCUUGCUGAGAAGCCCACAGCAACCGCCUCCAACGCCAGUGUUUCGAUCCUCGACAACGCCCUAUCUGCCUCGGCGAGCCACCAUUCGCUGCUGAGCGAAGUUGGCUUUCUUCGGAACAUGACGCGGCAUGCGUCAAUCAACCGCACCAUCAUUUCCACUCUCGAAGGCCAGAUCAUCACCAUUCUCGUCAUUGUGUGUUUCAUUCUCAUCAUUCUGGUAAGAGAUUACGUUGUGCAACAACAGCCCGAGAUCAACAUGCGCGCCGCUUUUGCUGCCGCCGAGAAUCCAGCUCCGCAACCGCCUCGAGAGGACCCCGGGGAACCGGUGGACGAUAACUCCGAUGAAGAGGCGGCCCAAGCUUCCAUGGCUGCGGAUCAUACGAGCAACCAGUCGGCUAUAGAGGAUCAGUUCUUUCUCCACCGCCAGACUUCAGAUAGCGGCGCUCUGGGCGCUUCCGAAGAGUCGAUGCUAGCCCCAAUCUUGGACGUGCAUCGAAAUCUGACUAUUCCUGGGGGCCCGACGGCAAGCCUAUUGGACCAUGAGAGAACAACAGUCAACGAGUACCUAGAAAUAUAUAGAGAGGCUGGCGGAGACCCAGAAAAAAUACUCGGGAUUGCAAAAGAGCGCCAUCUAGAAGACAAGCUGGACUAUUGGAUCAGGCUCACCCGGUCAAUGAUGGACCGAAACAGACAACCGGAUAAUGAAAGCUCAGAUGGAGGUGAUAUGUCCGAAUCGACCGCGGAAAUGAGCACGGCGGCUCAGUAUGCCACAUCGGCCGCCACAAGAUCGACCGGCUCCGGCUCUAACCAAUCAUCAGAGUGGGUUUGGCCACCCGACCAGCAAGAUCAAGCCGAUCCGGGGGAGAAAGGGAAGUAUCCGGCAGCCGAGGAAGAACAGGACAACUCGGAAGCGCAGCACAUGAACCCCUUUAGGCCACGUUCUAACACCGACGGCCCCAGAGUUGGCGACACUCUGAACCCCCUGGCUAACAACAACUGGUCAUUCUCUGAUUUACCACACCAACCACUGACGGCACCAAUAUUGCCAUCACAUAUAUCAGCCACGCAACGAGACCUUUACCCUACCCACCCGUCCCCGACGACGCCUGGGCCAAGCAAUACAGGAGACACCUUGCCAUCGGUGGUCGCGGCUAGUCCACCAGGCUCCUCGAGUCCUGUAGGCGAGGAUGCUCGCCAGGAUGCGGAACCUGCGUCCUUGGCUGAGCGGGUUGCCGACUUCAUGUGGCGCGACGUCGACGCCAUUGACCCCGCGGAAUUGGCUGCCGUGGAUAUGCAAGACGGGUUUGGGGAUAAUGAUGACGCCGGCCUUGCUGCCCUGCAAGACGACGCGUUGGCCGAUGAUGAGGAGAGGGAUCGGGAGGUCGUGGAGGCUGCGGUCGCAGCUGGCCUGGACCCUGAAGCGAUUGAGGACGCCGAGGAUCUCGAGGGCAUCCUGGAGCUACUCGGGAUGCGGGGCCCUGUCGCGGGUCUGUUCCAAAAUGCCAUCUUCUGCGCCUUUCUUGUCUCCAUCACCAUUUUCCUCGGCAUAUUCGUGCCAUACAAUAUCGGACGAAUCAGCGUAUGGACCAUCGCGAACCCCGUGCGCCCGGCACGAAUGCUAUUCAGCAUUUCGAAAUUUGUCCAAGAUUGCGCCGUUGUUAUUCUGGGGGCUUCCUUAUUUUUGUUCUCCUACGGGCUUCAGUCACAGGCUCGGCUGGUCAAGUUUAUGUCCUUCGCCGACUACAUGCAGGCCACCACCGCGGCCUCCUUGGCCAUGGCCUUGAGCGCCGCAAACCGAAUCGCCGCUAGCUUCAUGACGGAGCUUCCCAUCAUCUCAGCUUCAGAAAUGCGCAACUUCUCCGCCCUUAGCCACGAAGCCUUGCUCGCCGUAAAGGAGCACCUCGGGGCUGCAUUUGCCACUGUGGGGAACCUGUUCGUGUUCUUGUCUGGCGGUGACUACGCUGGCAAGGGCUCCGAGGUGAUGUCAGUGGCCGGAAACAUUUCUGCCGUCGCGUGGGCGGGCCUGAAGGACCUACCGGACGUAUUAUCGAAUCCGGGCUCCUGGGUCAUCAAUCUAAAUCUGCCGGAAACAGCGGGAACCAUCAAUCCAGAACUUGCAUACUGGAACGGUAUGGACAGGUUCUGGGCCAUCAUGUGCGGUUAUAUCGCCAUAUCGAUAAUUGCGGGACUCUAUCUCCGUCGCGGCACUCCUUUCUCGUCCGGGCAGACCGGCCAGGACUGGGAGGCGUCCAUCAUCGACGGGCUGAACCAAGCCAGCGGGGUCAUGAAAGUCAUUCUGAUCAUCGGCAUCGAGAUGCUUGUCUUCCCUCUCUACUGCGGCAUGCUCCUCGACGUUGCACUGCUACCUCUGUUCGAGAAUACGUCGAUGAAGUCUCGGGUUCUUUUCACCGUCAACUACCCUGUCACCUCGAUCUUUGUCCACUGGUUUGUUGGCACGGGUUACAUGUUCCAUUUCGCCCUGUUCGUCUCCAUGUGCCGAAAGAUCAUGCGCAAGGGCGUCCUCUACUUCAUCCGCGACCCCGACGAUCCCGAAUUCCACCCGGUUCGUGAUGUACUAGAGCGCAACGUCACUACCCAGUUGCGGAAAAUUCUCUUUUCCGCCUUCGUCUACGGCGCGCUUGUUAUUGUGUGUCUCGGUGGCGUUGUUUGGGGGUUGGCACUGUCACUCCCUACCGUUUUGCCCAUCCACUACUCGUCCAACGAGCCGGUCCUCGAGUUCCCCAUUGACCUCCUUUUCUACAACUUCCUGAUGCCCCUCGCGGUCAAGUUCUUCCGGCCCAGCGACGGCCUCCAUGCCAUGUACACUUGGUGGUUCCGGAAGUGUGCUCGCGUGUUGAGGAUCACCUGGUUUCUCUUUGGGGAGCGACGGAUAGACGAGGAGGGGCAUUUAGCCCUUGGGAAGGAAUCUACACAUCGGAACCUGACCUGGUGGAGAACGCUAUUCUUGGAGUUGGACGACAGCGGUAACGUCAUUCCCAAGACAUGGAAGGAUACCUUCGAAGGCGGCACUGCCAAUCCAACCUUGUCCAUCCCCACCGAUGAGUUGAUCACCCUAAACGUCAAGAAGAUCAACCUCGUCAGGUCUGGGCAGCUCAUUCCUGACGGACGCUUUGUUCGCACCCCGGCAUCUGACCAGGUGAAAAUUCCCAAGGGCAAGACGGUCUUCUUGGCCGUCAACGAAAACAAUACUAGACGGGAUGAACAGCCUGACCAGGCUGACACGGAUAUCUACUCGACCAACCAGUAUCAGUUAGUCUUUGUACCGCCGCACUUCCGCGUCCGCGUGUUCCUGUUCAUUCUGUUCAUCUGGAUUUUUGCCGCCGUCACUGGCGUCGGCAUCACCAUUGUGCCACUUGUUUUUGGCCGGCGCAUGUUCAAGCUACUCAUCCCUAGCCACAUACGCACCAACGACAUCUACGCCUUCAGUAUCGGGAUCUACGUCUUAGGCUCGGUCGCCUACACGGCAUUUCAUCUGCGAACAAUCUAUCGAGCCGUGGAGGAAUGGGUCGUGGCAGCCGCUUUAUCGGCGUACAAUCGCGACGGCGUGCGGCGGGUUCUGAACACGGUGCUCCGUGUCGCCAGGGUCGUUUACGCCUAUGUCUUCCUUCUGCUCGUCUUCCCCCUCAUGGUGGCCUCCCUGAUGGAACUGUACGCCUUGAUUCCCCUUCACGAAUUCAUGUACAGCAUCCUCCUGUCAGGCGGUGGCACCUCGACUACGUCGUCUGCCGAGGCCGCCGAUCUGAACCCAAGGCACACGAUACGAGUGAUCCAAGCGUGGACGAUUGGCCUGCUCUACUUGAAACUGGGCGCACAUUUUAUAACCCAUUGGUUUAUCGACACUCGGCUAGCCGCCGCCGUCAGAGCCGUCCUCCGCCGUGGCUGGCUUGAUCCCGACCUUGCUGUCCUCACUCGCGCCUUUAUUAUCCCUGGCGUUACGCUCUGGGCCGCAGCCGUUGCAACUCCGCUGCUCGUCGCCAAGUUCACAGUGGCAAAUGGCCUUGCCGAGGCCAUCGUACAAGGCUCUGGCGCGGUGCUAAUAGACGGUGUACCCGACCAGCCAUUGCAUGAUGCCUACUUGGUUUUGAUAUAUCGUCUUAGCUUCCCCUUCAUUGCACUUGGUAUCGCCAUGUGCAUCAUGUUGUGGAGCAUGGUCGGCGUUUUCCGAAGCUGGAAGGUGCGGAUACGGGAUGAAGCCUACUUGAUCGGCGAGCGCCUCCACAACUUUGGCGUCGUUAACGGCCCGCCGAAAGCUCGAGGUGCCUGGAGAGCCAGCGGGUCACGCCUAUGA